AUGGCUCGCCAAUUACCAGAAGGAGGCCAAACUCUGGUCUACUCCACUGUCGAUGAUCAUGAGAUUAAGCUUGAUUAUUACCUUCCUCGUGUCAAUGGGGCUUUACCUGCGGUGAUCUACUAUCACGGUGGCGGCAUGACAGCAGGUUCACGUCGCGGAGGUCUCCCUAGGUGGCUAUAUGCCCACUGCCAGGAGAAAGGCUACAUCUUCAUCUCAGCAGAUUACCGUCUCUGCCACCCCACCACGGCUCUCGAUCAAAUCGAGGACGCAAAGAAUUUAUUCCAAUUCAUUACCAGCGCGCAAUUUGACAGUAUUCUACCAGAGUCUAUCACUCUAGACUCCACCCGUAUUGCCGUCAGCGGCUUCUCAGCAGGCGCAUAUUCUGCCCGCGCAGCAUGCAUCUACGCCAACCCUAAACCCGCCGCACUUAUCUCCGUCUAUGGACUCGGCGGCAAUGUCCUUUUAGAUCACUGGACACGCGCUCGCCCACCGACAUCAAUUGCGAAGUUCGUCGACCUGAACGCUGUCCCAGAGCUUCUGGCAGACAAGACUGUUGUCAGCGACGAUGUGUCUGUGGGAGGCCCUUUAUCGCGACGCUUUGCCCUUACUGUGCACUGGGAACUUUCCGGAACGAUGUUGGAUGGCAUCUUCGGGCGAGAUGGUCUCGGUAGAGCUCUGGACAGAGUGGACUAUGAGCAGCGGGCCGCGGCGUUUCCUUCGGACCUGAAGUCUGGUCUUCUGCAGUCGUUCGUGGAUGACUCGUAUCCACCUUCUAUUUUUGUUCAUGGGACUGCGGAUGAGGUUGUUCCUCCCCAGGAAAGUAUUGAUCAUCAUGAGCAGUUGAAAGGCUUAGGAAUUAAGUCGGAACUCUUGUUUGUUGAGGAUGGACCACAUGGGUUGGAAGCGUUCUCGACUGAUCCCACCUCGGUGGUCUUCAGUCGCUCGAAUGAGGCGUAUAGUAAGGCGUUGAGCUUCAUUGACGAUGUUUUCAGUGGAUUGCAGAAUUCGACUCUGUAG